CCACUCCUCCCCCCUCCCCUCCCCCCUCCUCCCCCCUCCACUCCUCCCCCCUCCCCUCCCCCCUCCUCCCCCCUCCACUCCUCCCCCCUCCUCCCCCCUCCACUCCUCCCCCCUCCCCUCCCCCCUCCUCCCCCUCCACUCCUCCCCCCCCCCUCCCCCCUCCUCCCCCCUCCACUCCUCCCCCCUCCUCCCCCCUCCACUCCUCCCCCUCCCCUCCCCCCUCCUCCCCCCUCCACUCCUCCCCCCUCCCCUCCCCCCUCCUCCCCCCUCCACUCCUCCCCCCUCCUCCCCCCUCCCCUCCCCCCUCCUCCCCCCUCACUCCUCCCCCCUCCCCCCCCCUCCACUCCUCCCCCCUCCCCUCCCCCCGCCCCCCCUCCACUCCUCCCCCCUCCUCCCCCUCCCCUCCCCCCUCCUCCCCCCUCCACUCCUCCCCCCUCCCCCCCCUCCACUCCUCCCCCCUCCCCUCCCCCCUCCUCCCCCUCCACUCCUCCCCCCUCCCCCCCCCCUCCACUCCUCCCCCCACCUCCCUCCCCCUCCUCACCCCUCCACUCCUCCCCCCUCCUCCCCCCUCCACUCCUCCCCCCUCCCUCCCCCCCUCCUCCCCCCUCCACUCCUCCCCCCUCCUCCCCCCUCCACUCCUCCCCCCUCCCUCCCCCUCCACUCCUCCCCCCUCCUCCCCCCUCCACUCCUCCCCCCUCCCCACUCCUCCCCCCUCCCCCCCCCUCCACUCCUCCCCCCUCCCUCCCCCCUCCUCCCCCCUCCACUCCUCCCCCCUCCCCUCCCCCCCCCCCUCCCCCCCCCUCCACUCCUCCCCCCUCCCCUCCCCCUCCUCCCCCUCCACUCCUCCCCCCUCCCCUCCCCCCUCCUCCCCCCUCCACUCCUCCCCCUCCUCCCCCCUCCACUCCUCCCCCCUCCUCCCCCCCUCCACUCCUCCCCCCUCCCUCCCCCCUCCUCCCCCCUCCACUCCUCCCCCCUCCUCCCCCCUCCACUCCUCCCCCCCUCCCCCCCCCUCCACUCCUCCCCCCCUCCCCUCCCCCUCCUCCCCCCUCCACUCCUCCCCCCUCCCCCCCCUCCACUCCUCCCCCCCCCUCCCCCCCUCCUCCCCCUCCCACUCCUCCCCCCUCCACUCCUCCCCCCUCCCCCCCCCCUCCACUCCUCCCCCCUCCCCUCCCCCCUCCUCCCCCACCACCCCGGCCUCCACCCUGGCCUCCACCCCGGCCUCCUCCACCCCGGCCUCCUCCACCCUGUACUCCACCCCGGCCUCCACCCCGGCCUCCUCCACCCCGGCCUCCACCCCGGCCUCCACCCUGGCCUCCACCCCGGCCUCCUCCCCGGCCUCCACCCUGGCCUCAACCCCGGCCUCAACCCCGGCCUCCUCCACCCCGGCCUCCACCCCGGCCUCCACCCCGGCCUCCACCCCGGCCUCCUCCACCCCGGCCUCCUCCACCCCGGCCUCCUCCACCCCGGCCUCCACCCUGGCCUCCACCCCGGCCUCCUCCACCCCGGCCUCCACCCCGGCCUCCUCCACCCCGGCCUCCACCACGGCCUCCACCCUGGCCUCCACCCCGGCCUCCACCCCGUCCUCCACCCCGGCCUCCACCCCGGCCUCCU